UUAUUAACCCCCCUUUUCCUCUUGGGUCCCACACCAACUUCAUAAAUAGCCAGCUCCUCAGUUGCCAAAUUCUACUUGACCUGACUUUCAGAUUCCUGUCUCUAGCAAGGAUUGCAUUGAGCUUCAGCCAUGAAGACCCUUUUCCUUAUCUUUGCCAUUGUUCUGAUUUCAUCCCAAGCUGUACCAGGUAAGAAGACCCAUAGGGUCUCUAUGAGAAAUAGAGCUCAAAGCGAAUUUGCUUGGUAGAUGUCUGCUAUUUAUCAGCAGCCUUGGGAAGUGGUGGGUGUUUUGGUUUACAGAAGUGUUUGUGCAUGUAUGUGUCUUCCCAGUGAGAAGGGAAUUUAAGGAUGACCUCUGGCUCUGGACCUCUUUCUUCAUUGUGAGAGAGCACUACAGGCCGAUAGUGUCUUUGCAAUGUACGCUUGUUUAUAAAUAUACAAGCAGAGCAUAUUGAGAGCAAGGCAGCUCCUGAAGCUGAUAGCACAACCACCAAUCCUGAAUUGAGUUCCCAAAGAAAAUCCUUUUCUGUCACCAACCCACACUCAGCACUGCUAGAAGACAACUUGGUUAGCUAAAUCAAGCCAAGUUCCCUACUCUGUGUUCAACUAUUCUUCCCAAAUUGAUUGAAGGUACAUAAGUAAAGGUAAAAGGACAGGGGUCCUGACCAUUAGGUCUAGUCGUGACUGACUCUGGGGUUGCGGCACUCAUCUUGCUUUAUUGGCCAAGGGAGCCGGCGUACAGCUUCCGUGUCAUGUGGCCAGCAUGACUAAGCCACUUCUGGUGAACCAGAGCAGCACACAGAAACGCCAUUUAUCUUCCCACCGGAGUGGUACCUAUUUAUCUACUUGCACUUUGACGUGCUUUCAAACUGCUAGGUUGGCAGGAGCAGGGACCGAGCAAUGGGAGCUCACCCCGUCACGGGGAUUUGAACCACCAACCUUCUGAUUGGCAAGUCCCAGGCUCUGUGGUUUAACCCACAGCACCACCCGCGUUGGCAAGCAAAAAAGGGUUUUUUCUCGGGGGCGGGGGGAUGGGGUCACAAAAUUAUAGGAACAGACCAGUUCUAAUGAUCAAAGCAUUGGAAUGAUAAAAAUGUGCCUGCCUCUAAUAAAAGAGAGUGCAUCUUUGUAAGUUGACACCAGUGACUUUUUAAACUAGUGAAUCUAUCACACGACUGACUUCUCAUAGCAACUGGCAUAGAAUAAACCAAUGACUUUAUUAUGGCAUCUUUUCAUGCAGGCAUUGAGAUGAGAUUUGUCUGUUUGACUCCUGUUAGACUGUUUUAUUGGCUGGAAAUGUUAAAUUGAUGUGUUUUAAAUGCAGCUUUAUGGAUAGUUGUUGACAAUGUUAUAUUUCACUUUUGGUAUUUCCCAGCCUGAGUCAAGCACUAUUUAUGCCACAUAACCUCUCGACAAAUGACAGUCAAUCAAUCAAUAAGGUGAUGUUUGUUGUUUCCUAGGCUUGGAAAUAGGUCUGAGGUGAAGAUAGGAAUGGAAGGAAUGACUGCUGAUGUCAUAAAGACAUUCAUAUCUUGCUAAAGCUGGGGAAAGGGGUACCUUUAUGCAGUUUGCCCCUUCCAGCUACACAAUUGUAUAGCAAGUGGUAUUUGGGAGACUCUUGGGGGAAAGUCUACAGUUUCACCAAGCACAGACGUUAUCUUUCCAGAAGAAACUCUCCAACUUGUGCCAAAAAACAAAACAAAACAAAAAUCAGGAGGUGGACAUGUCCAAAAGCAAGGGUGGAGGAACCCAUCCUCUAGAGAACCACAAAGGGAGACUUCCUACCACCCAUGUUGGUUUUUGUACCAAUAGCUCUGUUCCUUUGAUGUAAUACAGUAGCUUCCUUCAGAUUGACUCGGGGAAAAACCUGACUUUUCCUUCUUCUUUUUCUGGAAAAACUCCAUUCAUUUCAAAGGUGAUUUUGCUAUAAUAUGCUCAGCUCUAUUGGGAAACAUUCGAUGCAAGUAAUUUUACCCCUUCCCCCUUUUAUGGUGGGGUAUUUUUGGAGGAGGGGGGCAAUAAAUGAUCACCAGUGUUUGUUUGUUUUUCUCCUGAGACAAACAGGGACAUCUUUGCUUCUGCAUGGUUCUAACUGAUCUUGCUUUUCUCGGCUGACAUUUCAGCUUAUUAUGCAAACCUGUUUAUUGCAGCGGGGAAUUGGGCUCAGUCCAUAGGCUGCCUUCCUUUUCCUUUUUCAUCAUGAGCAGUUCUCACGGAUGGAAUCUUUUUGGUUUGUGAUAUACAGGGGAUGCCCAGGCGCCUGAGGAUACAAUUGCAUGUGGCCGCGGUGGUGGUGGCUGUCAAGUUGGGGCUUGCAGACCCGGUUUCCAGAAUGUGGGGACCUGCAAAGGAGGAACCAUGUCCUGCUGCAGAUGGUAAGUGAAGCCCCUGUAUAUGACAUUUUUGCUGAGUUAGAGUAGCCAAAAAGAGAAGGCACCAGAAAGGAGGGAAUAGAUAUGAAUGAAAAAUUAUAUGUACAGAUGCAAACUCAGAAAUAAUAGACUAGCAUUUAAACAGACACACAAUACAUCUUGCCAUUGUGGGGAAGACUAUGGCUAGGGGAGGUGCCUUCUCAGUCUGCUGUUCAAAUGCUAAGCUGCUGUAGAUGAGCAACUUCAAGGUCCUCACUGCUCUCCAUUCUUACGGGCUUGUGGGCUUGGACCAGAAAGCCCUCCAGAGAAAGGACUUAUUCAAAUAGAGCAGAGGUGGGGAGACUUCAGACCUUGGGGUUGAGUGUGGCACCCCCAGGCCUCACUAUAUGGACUUUGGACCAAGUCUUGGACCAAGACUGUAUGGACUUUGGACCAAGUCUUGGACCAAGACCCCAUCCCAGGCCACACGUCUUACCACCCCUCUUCAAGUACUUCUGCCCGGCUGAAAUCUGGCCUUGAACUGUAGUACAGUGGUACCUCAGGCUACAGACGCUUCAGGUUACAGACUCCACUAACCCAGAAAUAAUAAGAACUUUACUUCAAAAUGAGAACAGGAAUCGCGCAGUGGCGGUACAGUGGCAGCAGGAGGCCCCAUUAGUGGUACCUCAGGUUAAGAACAGUUUCAGGUUAAGAACGGACCUCCUGAACGAAUUAAGUUCUUAACCAGAGGUACCACUGUAUGUCUGUUUCUUGCCUCAAUGGAGAAUGGAAAGAUGUGUGUGCACAGGAACCUCUGGUUUGUGUGUAGCUGGGAUGUACACAUACAUAUAGUGCAAAGGUGGGAUACACAUCCAUAUCUCCAUCCACUUUUGUUUCUGGCUCUGUCCACCAGUGGCAUGUUAUCCCUGGAAUGUUUCCAGUGAAGGAAUGAGGUCUUUGGGCAGAAAGAUAUUCUCUGCCCUUGAAACAGACCCUUCUGACAGCACUUCCAAUGGAUAAUUGACAUCUGCGGUCCUGCACAGUUUUACCUUAAGCAACAUGUAGGGAAGAAUUGCUGAGAAUGUCCCUAGGGUUUGGGGUGUGGUAUAAUCAUUUAAAUAAAGUUGGACAAGGUUUCCCCUCCCCCUCAUUUUUGCUCCGCCAGGGAUGAGGAGCCACUGGCCCAUGGGCCUGAUUACUCCUCUGGGGUUUGCCCAUGCAACCUUCCCUUCUAUACUUUCCAAAAUGUUGAAUGGAGGAUCCUCAACACCAUGUUCCAGGGCCAUAUUCCCGUGUGAGUGACAUGACCUACGUGGAACACCAUCCUGUCAGAUGUCAAGGAAAUAAGCAACUACAGUGGUACCUUGGUUCUCAACCUUAAUCCAUUGCAGAAGUCCAUUCCAAAACCCAAGCGUUCCAAAACCAAGGUGUGCUUUCCCACAGAAAGGAAAGGAUUAACCCAUUCCAGACUUUUAAAAACAACCCCAAAACAGCAAUUUAACAUUGAAUUUCACUAUCUAACGAGACCAUUGACCCAUAAAAUGAAAUCAAUAAACAAUGUACUAUAGUUUAAAAUAAGUCAGUAUUGUAGAUGAUAAAAAUCUAAAUUAUCAUUAUUUUUUUAAUCUGCACUGAUGAUAGUCACUGUUUGGUUGGGGGGCUUUUAUCCAUUUCCACAGUCACACAAUCAAUCAAUCAAUCAAUCAAUCAGUAGCUGAACUGGGUUCCACACAGACAAAAAAACAAAUUAACUGAAAAAGCCUCAAAAACAAAAAUACAAAAUAAAUAGCAAAAACAAAAAGCACCAAACUUAAUCCAUUCCGAAAGUCCAUUUGACUUCUGAAAUGUUUGAAAACCAAGGCACAGCAUCUGAUUGGUGUAGGUGCCCUGGAAACAAUAGCUGACAGCAGCAUUGGAUGUUCAGCUUCUGAAAAUUUUGGGGGUUUGAGAACCAAGGCAUUUGAGAACCAAGGUACCACUGCAUCUGACUUUUAGAAGACAUCUGAAGGCAGUCCUCUUUAGGGAAGUUUUUAAUGUUUGAUGUUUUAUCAUCUUUUUAAUAUUCUGUUGGGAGCCGACCAGAGUGGCUGGGGAAAUCCAGUCAGAUGAGCGGGGUAUAAAUAUUAUUAUUAUUAUUGAUGCUUCUCAUUCCAACCCCAUUCACUUCAACAAGGCUUGCAUGGCUAAAGUUGCUGGUGAUUUGUGAUUUGUGCUCCCUUUCUAAACUUUCUAAACUUGACUUUCUUCUCUUUCCACAGGCCUCGCCCAGGAGCAUAAGUUAUCUGGCGAGAUUUGAGUAGCACAAAUGGCUCUGAAGGUUCCCAAUCCUGGUACCUGGAGUGUUCACAUGCAGUGCAAACCUUGGGAAAACCAGGGAAUUUAAUCUUAAAAAACACACAGCUGGUAUUGCUAGUUAGGUUACAAUGCCUUCCCUGUGCAAUAAAGGUGAAUAAUACAUUUCUGCUCCUUGUUUCUGUUUUUAAUCACUUAAAACACACUCAUUAUUUUGCCUGACGAAUCUGGGAUUGAGCAUGUUCCACUUGGCUGGGCACAGUCUGGCCAAAAUUCAAUUUACAUUUCAAAUUUUGCAUACCGCGUUAUUCCAAGCUGCUUCAAGACCUUCGCAGUCAAAAGUGGGAAAUGAUUUUUAAAAUAAAUGAAUAAAUUUAUU